UUUUUGAGAACUUUUGGUGGAAGAAUUAAGACUGUGUUACGUGGAAAUGAAGAAAAAGGGGAGACUUCUGCAGGCUGCUCAGAGAGGGGAGAUGUGGGGAGUUGAUAUUCCCUGAGGCAUCUUAUGGCAGACCAAACUGUGGUGUCUCUGCUCUGGCCUCCCUGAAACUGCUCUGAACAGCUACAGGCAGUGACAGACUUCGCUUUACUUCAGGCUUGUAAGAUGGGAUUUUUUUUCCUAUUUAAAAGUACUGGUAGAUUGUGCUGAAGCUCUGAAAAGGAUAUGAAAUGGCCAUAGUUGUACAUCGGGUUGCUGGAACUCUCAAAAUCUGGAUUGGGGAUUUAGGUGUCGCAGCUGGAUCACAAAGUGGUGGCUCCUCCUGCCCAGCGCUUCCCUGUUUGGUGCUGCUUCGCUGUCCUUAUCUUGCAGCAAUAUUGGAAAAACCUGCCAGCGAGGUUUUGAGCCGGCUUGUUUGGCAAGUGUGGGCCACACCUCCGCUUGUCCCGGCUGGAGCACAGCCCAGUCCUGCGCAAAACUUCGCACGAGCCCGCGGCAAGCCGCGCUUCGCAGCCGGGCGCCCGAGGACUCGCCUCGCUCUCUGGCUUUCCCUGUCAGAUUUUCUGCAGAGACAGCAGGACAUUUUCCCCAUGUUCCAUGAGGUGCUGCGGGGGCCAUUUCCACCCAGAGUGCUGCCUUUUCUGGCAGCAGUGCUUUUCCAAAGGAAGGAGAGAAAAGAGACUGGGUUCUGUCACUGGCGGUGGGAAAAGCACCCUUACUACAACCUAACAGUAAAAGUCCUCCGAGCCAGAAACAUCAAGGGUACAGAUGUGUUGUCCAAGGCAGACUGCUAUGUGGAACUAAAGCUGCCCACUGCAUCUCCCAGUGUCUCCCGAACUCAGGUUGUUGACAACUCUGAGAACCCAGAAUGGAAUGAAACUUUCCAGUAUCGGAUCCAUAGCGCUGUCAAGAAUAUUCUGGAGCUGACCCUCUAUGAUAAGGAUGUCCUUGUCAGUGAUGAGCUCACCUCUGUCAUCUUCGACGUGGGGGGCAUGAGGCUGGGGGAGCCCCUGCUGCGCACCUUCAGCCUGGACCCCGAGGCUAAUGAAGAGCUGGAUGUAGAGUUUUUCUUGGAGAAAUGCUCAGAUGCCCCUACAGAAGUAUUGACCAAUGGAGUCCUUGUGGCUCAUCCUUGCUUGUGUCUGCAAGGCACUGUCAACAAAGAGGAAAACGCAAAGGAGAAACAGCAAGGAUGCUGUGAAGUCAAGGUGUCUGUCCCAGGGGCAUAUCAAAAGCAGUUGUCUAUUCCUUGGACACCAGACAAUGAGAAGGAUUCUGGAACCUCAUUUAUCUUUCAUGUGGAUAAAGAAAUGUGUCCAGAACUGCAAGUGGAGUUGCAGCAAACCAUAUCUGUCCUACAGGAUGGUGUGAACCCUGAUAUUGAAAAGCACACUACAGUUCUGGGACUGGGGACUGUACCAGUUAAUUCCCUUCCUAUUGGAGAAAAAGUUGAUAGAAUAAUUUCUUUGGGAGAGGGAAAAAGUUUGGAUAUGAGUUUGAAAACUGAAGAGAGCUCUUGGGAUCUUGAUAUACGUCUGGGGUUUGAUCUCUGUAAAGAGGAGAGAGAAUUUUUGGACAAAAGGAAGAAAGUAGUUUCUGAGGCACUGAAGAAGACUCUUCACUUAAAAGAAUCCCCUCCAAAAGAUGAGGUUCCAGUCGUGGCGGUGCUGGGCUCUGGAGGUGGGAUGAGAGCACUGACAUCCCUCUAUGGCAGCCUUGCUGGGCUGCAGCAGCUGGGCCUUCUGGAUGCUGCAACGUACCUCUGUGGCAUUUCUGGCUCCACUUGGUGUUUAUCAACACUGUAUCGAGACCCUGACUGGUCACAGAAAGACCUUCAAGAUGCAAUCAGCAGAGCUCAGGACGCUGUGUCCAGCAGCAAAGCAGGGGCAUUUUCCCCAGAACGACUGAAAUACUAUUUCCAGGAGCUGAAUGCAAUGGAGAUCACUGGACGGAAGGUUUCCUUUACAGAUUUGUGGGGCCUCAUUGUGGAAUAUUUCCUACAACAAGAGGAAGAUUCAUCAAAGCUGUCUGAUCAGCAAGCAGCAGUGAAAUGGGCCCAGAACCCUUAUCCUAUCUAUGCAGCUGUGAAUGUGAGACCUAAUAUGAGCAGUGGAGACUUUGCAGAAUGGUGUGAGUUCACUCCCUAUGAAGUUGGAUUUCGCAAAUAUGGAGCUUUUGUUCGAACGGAGAAUUUUGACAGCGAGUUCUUCAUGGGACGGCUUGUCCAGAAACAUCCAGAGCCCAGGAUUUGUUUUCUACAAGGAAUGUGGGGCAGUGCCUUUGCUGCAAGCUUGGAUGAUAUCUGCCUGAAGGUGGUUGGUAUAGGACUGAGCUUUCUAGAUUCUUUCAAAGAUGUUAUCAAAGUUGUAGAUGACUGCCGAAGAUUCCAUUUCCGAGACCCAGCACGGCUGAAGACCCGCUUGGUUACACCUGGGGGACCGCUGCUACAAGUUUUUCAGGAUUUCUUCAAGUCCCGCGUCACAUGUGGAGAAACCUUCAAUUUCAUGAAGGGAUUGUAUCUUCACAAAGAUUAUGUUAACAUCAAGAAAUUUGUGACUUGGAGAGGUACUCACCUGGAUGCAUUUCCCAACCAGCUGACUCCCAUGGAAGAGAGCUUGUAUUUAGUGGAUGGUGGCUUUUCCAUCAACUCUCCCUUUCCUUUGGUACUUCAGCCAGAGAGGGAUGUGGAUGUUAUCUUGUCAUUCAAUUUUUCCUGGGAAGCUCCAUUUGAGGUUUUAGAGCUGACUCAGAAAUACUGUGAGGAGCGGGACAUUCCUUUUCCAAAAAUCAAAUUUAGUGAGGAAGAUGAAAGGAAGCCAAAAGAGUGUUACAUGUUUGUGGAUGACAAUAAUCCAAAGGCUCCCAUUGUACUCCAUUUCCCACUGGUGAAUGACACCUUCCAGAAAUACAAAGCUCCAGGAGUUGAACGUGAGUCAGAGGAAGAGAAAUCCUUUGGUGACUUUAUCAUUGAGUCAAAAGAUUCCCCUUACCGUACCCUGAACUUCACCUUUGAGCCAUAUGAUUUCAGCAGGUUAGUGGAAGUGAAUCGCUACAAUGUUCUGAACAACAAGGACAGUCUCCUCAAAACCCUAAACUUGGCUCUGCAAAGGAGGAAGUUGAAGAAAGUCACCAAUAAAUCAAAUACAUGAGUGGUUUCCAAGGCUGAGGAUACAGAGAGGCUGCAGUGUACAGAAGCUGUGAGGUUCAAGACAGAACACUGAUAGUGAAUAGCUGGAAACUCUCUUCCUGGAGAGGAGCAGUACACCUGACACUGAAAACUCAUUCCAGGUCACGUCUCUGAUGAAAACCCAAGGGAUGUACAGUACAACAUGGAUGUUGCUUCCUCGUGUGGGGAAGAGUGAGGAAUUACCCAGCUCGGUAUCUCAAAUCACAGUGGCUGAUUCCAGAUUGUUUGAGAGGUCUAUACAAACUGUUCAGGCAUCUGGAGAAUAAUCUUCCAUACUAUACUGAGGGAUGCACCUCCUUUUGUCAGAGGUGUGUUGGUGUUUGAGGAAACAGAUUCCUUCUGUACUUUUAUCUCUUGCUUUAGAACCUCCCUUCAGGAACUUUUACAAUUUAUAUCAUCUUAAGAAUAACUGUACAGAUAAAAAUGACACACGAGAGAGGAAAUGUCUCCUCUUGCUUUCACCUUGCUACUGGCUGAUGCCUAUGUGCUUUCAAGACUAAACUGUCAUUGCCUGCUUCCCAUUUUGCCAUUCAUGGUUUCAGUUUCCUUCCUACCCUUCUCAAGGAUUUUAAUGGCUUUUAUUCUCCCAGAAAUUCUAUACAGAUUAUCUUAUUUUGGUAAAAAAAUUUGUUUG